CUUUUCAAUUCCCGGAACGCUUCAAUUAAAGUCGCUUUUCUGCACGUACAAUAAUAUAAGGAGCACAAAGAUGGCGACCUCCCUGCUAAGGCUAGGACGACUCGGAACGUUGAAGUGCCUCCGACAGGAUGGCUGGGGCUCAGUGAGAACUCCACUCUCUGCAGCUUUCUGCACUAAAACUGAGGCACCCAAGAAACCAACAAAGAAAGCUUCAACCUUAGAGGCUCCUGACGAGAGGGCUGCUCUGCUAGCCUACAAGACCACUGUUGCCUUCCCUACUAGAGUUUCCACUCCAGGAUCUCUCAGUCAAGGUGUUGCAAUAGGCGAAUAUGAACAAAGCGGGGAUCCCGUGCCAGGUGAAAGCACAGUGGCUACAGUUGCCUCAACACCUCAGGUUUCAUGUGAAGCUUUGAGUGAAAAAACUAUCACUACUGUCGAUGCCAAACAAGCUGAACCGGUAACUGAUGCUUCUGUCAAAGCCGAAACGGAAAGCUGCGGCGUUGGUGCAGCAGCAGAAACUCCUCCAGUUGCAGAGACAUCUAGGAACAAAGAUGCAACAAGUCCAACUAGUGCUGAUGAGGCACCAAAAGAUGAUGAUGAUACAUCUUCUUCGUCAUCUUCCAGCGAUUCUGAUUCUGACUCCGAUUCUGAUGAUGAAAAACCAAAGACUGAAAUGACCAAACCAGAGGUCCAGACUGAAGAUAAAGCCGGACAAGAAGAAAUGCCAUCAGCUACGAUGGAGGAGCCCACUUCAGGUGUGAAGACCGGAGAUGUUCCUAAACAUGUACAACCUUCUGUUCCUGAAGAUUCACCUAAAGGUUCACCUGUAGGAGAAACUGAGGGUUCACCUGUAGGAGAAACUGAGGGUUCACCUGUAGGAGAAACUGAGGGUUCACCUGUAGGAGAAACUGAGGGUUCACCUGUAGGAGAAACUGAGGGUUCACCUGUAAGAGCUACUGAGGGUUCACCUGUAAGAGCUACUGAGGGUUCACCUGUAAGAGCUACUGAGGGUUCACCUGUAAGAGCUACUGAGGGUUCACCUGUAAGAGCACCAGAAGUCAGGGAAGAGGUGACUGAACCUACAUCUAAUAAAGUACCUGCUUCGAGCACAGCAGCAGCCUCAUCAGAAGAGAUAGUUGACCCUGCUCCUGUUUUAUGCACAGCUGAAAGCGUUAAAACUCAAGCGGAAAUUAUACCGGAAAAAAAAGCAGGUGUUGAGGUGAAGUCUUCAAAAGUAUCUGAUGGCAUCCCUGAACCUGUCACCGAUUCAGCCCCUAGCGUAGCUGCUAAACCCACACCAGAAAUCGUCCUUGAGUCUGCUACCAAAGUGGCAUCAGAACCAAAAGUCGAAAUCAAACCUGCACCAGAGACGACAGAAGCUGUAGCUGCAGCUGAAGAGUUAGUGGACACCGCUCCUGUAAUUACUGACGCAGAAGAAGUCCGAGCCGAACCUGAAGCAGCGACUGCACCAGAGGAAGCGGCCCCGGCCCCCGAACCGGAGCCAUUCGACAACACCACAUACAAGAACCUGCAACAUCACAAUUACAACAUUUACACAUUCGUGGACAUGGAUGUGGAGAUGGCCAAGCAACGUCUGCCCCAGCCCUCAACGGGAAGACCCUCACCUAGGCACUGAUCUCUCCCUCAGGGGGCCUGUGAUCUCCUUCCUGUUCUCCAUAGUGAUUAACAUCCUACUGCUUUUCCUUUGCUCUGAUUUGUCUUUCAGAAGGCUAGCCACAUUGCAACUUGGUGGUGAAAUGCUUGUAAUUCCAUUAAAGUAUAUAAAUUAAUGAA